AAUCGAGUAUUAAUGCCUAACGAUCCGCGUUUUCGUCAAACUUUAAAUCUGGACCGUCCAUUCAACGCGAGAAAACACAAACAAGCCACGUCUCAACCGUCAGAUGAUCAACAGAGAAAACACACGGAUAAUGAAUCCUAUCCGUCCAUCUUCAAAUCGUUACAACCGUCGCAGGCUAUAAAUAUACCAUAAUCACUGAUCGAUUCAAAACUUUAUUCAUCUUGAGAGAAGAAGAGUCGCUUACCUAGGUUGAAGAGAAGAAGCAAUCUAAGAUAUGGCCCGUACAAAGCAAACCGCUCGUAAGUCUACUGGAGGAAAGGCUCCCCGUAAGCAGCUUGCUACUAAGGCUGCUCGUAAGUCUGCCCCAACUACUGGAGGGGUCAAGAAGCCUCACAGAUACCGUCCCGGUACCGUUGCCCUCAGGGAAAUUCGCAAGUACCAGAAGAGUACCGAGCUUCUGAUUAGGAAGUUGCCAUUCCAAAGGCUUGUUCGUGAAAUUGCUCAGGACUUUAAGACUGAUUUGCGUUUCCAGAGUCACGCUGUUCUGGCUUUGCAGGAGGCUGCUGAGGCCUAUCUCGUUGGACUGUUUGAGGACACCAAUCUGUGUGCCAUCCAUGCCAAGCGUGUCACCAUCAUGCCUAAGGACAUUCAACUGGCAAGGCGUAUCAGAGGUGAACGUGCUUAAGUGCGUUGGUCUCUUGAUGAAUCCAAGUGUUGGCUGCAUGGUGCUUAAUUAAGCGAUUGUGCAACGCUUAUCAGUAUUAUUUGUUUUCGUUUUUUGAUUUUAUGUCGUCAUUAGAUAUAGAUAGACUUAGAAGGUUUCGGUGAAUAUGGUAAAUGGCAUAGACAUUAUAUUGCCUUGAUAUGGUGGUGUGCAGUUAAUGUUGGUUUUGUUAUAUAGAAUGAAGGAUUUUUUCAAUUCUAUAUUUGUAGUUGUCUUGUGAUGUUAGAAUCUCGCAGCCACACUAAUUGUGCUAAAAACAACUUAUAAUGGAUCUAAUGUUAGUUUAGUUUCCGUUUCAA